AUGAGCAGUCGCCAGCGCACAAAGAUUCGCGCUCCUAGAAGGGACACUUGGGCAACUCUUUCACAUGCUUUUGGCGAGAUCCAUACCAAGAACGCUUCCGCUCUCUCCUUCGAACAGUUGUACCGCGCUGCCUAUAAGAUAGUACUCAAGAAGAAGGGCGACGACUUGUACAAAAAGGUUGCCGACUUUGAGACCCAAUGGCUGUCCACCUCGGUCCGUCUGGACAUUGCCCGCACUCUGCACGCCGCUAUCCUCGCCAACCUCGACGACUCUUCAACCGACCCUAGCGCUACUGCUCCCGAACGCCGCGAAGCUGGUACUCGCUUCCUCGCUGCCCUCAAGUCCGCCUGGCAAGACCACCAGACUUCCAUGAGCAUGUUGACAGACGUCCUCAUGUACAUGGACCGCGUCUACUGUGCCGACACUAGACAGCCUUCCAUCUUCUCCAAGGCUAUGAGUCUCUUCAGGGAUAGUAUUCUGUACUCAACCGCCAUUACCUCCGCCCAACCUCCGCUCUCCUUCCUCGAUACAUUAAGCGCCGUCGUUCUCGAUCAGAUUCGCAUGGACCGCGAUGGCGACUACAUCGACAAGUCUCUGAUCAAGGCAAACACCUACAUGCUCGAAGGCCUCUUUGAGACGGACGCAGAAGGAGAAGAUGAAAAACUAUACCUCACCAAAUUCGAACAAGAUUUCCUCGACAAGAGCGCAAAAUUCUACCGCGACGAGAGUGAGCGGCUUUUGAAAGAGUCGGAUGCGGGCACAUACUGUCGUCAUGUCAGGAGAAGAUUGGACGAAGAAGCCGACCGCUGUCGCUCCACCAUCUCGGAAUCGACUUCGGCCAAGAUUAUCAAGGUCGUUGAGGAUGAACUUAUUCGUCAGCAGAUCAAAGCCUUGAUCGAGAUGGACAGUGGUGUACAAUUCAUGGUUGCAAACGACAGGCACGAAGAUCUCGGUCUAGUCUUUGAGCUGGAAAGCAGAGUGGACCCCAAGAAGCCCGAGUUGACAAAGGCCAUCCAAAAGAUCAUCCAGGAGAUGGGAACUAAUGUCAACAGCAACGCUAUGAAUCAGCCAACUGCGCAACCGACCGCUCCGGCCGAGGACGGAGAGACUGGAGAAAAAGAGAAGACAAAACCGGUAGAGAAAGUCAACCAACAGACUGCGGCAGCUCUGAAGUGGGUUCAAGAUGUUUUGGACCUGAAGGACCGUUUCGACCAGAUCUGGAAACUUGCUUUCAACCAGGACCAAGUCCUACAAACCGCCCAAACCCGCAGUUUCUCCGACACAAUCAAUGCUCUUCAGCGAAGCUCCGAGUACAUCUCGCUAUUCAUCGAUGACAACAUGAAGAAAGGCAUCAAGGGCAAGACCGAGGAAGAGAUCGACCAAGUGCUCGAAAAGGCCAUUACCCUGGUUCGCUACCUUCAAGACAAGGACAUUUUCGAGACAUAUUACAAGAAGCAUCUCUCGAAGCGUUUGCUUAUGGGUAAAUCAGUAAGCCUCGACGUCGAGAAACAAAUGUUGGGUCGCAUGAAGAUCGAGCUUGGCAACAGUUUCACGCUCAAGAUGGAGGCCAUGUUCAAGGAUAUGAAUCUCUCGGACGAGCUUACUUCAGGUUACCAGACAUAUGUCUCGAAACUCGGCGAUAAUGAUUCGAAGAGAAUCGAGCUCAACAUUCACGUCCUUACCAGCAUGACGUGGCCAGUCGAGAGUAUGAGAGGACAUGAUGAGGAUCGAGAUGGUGCACUCAAGAUUAUCUACCCUCCUGCGAUCGAGAAGAUCAAGACCAGUUUCGAGCAAUAUUACACUACCAAGCACUCUGGCAGAGUACUGAGCUGGCAAGGCGGCUUGGGAACAGCUGACAUCAAAGGAACUUUCAAGCUCCCGGGCAAGGACGGCGGUCCUCCCAAGACCAGAGUGCACGAGCUCAACGUCUCAACUUAUAUGAUGAUCAUCUUAUCUCUCUUCAACGAUCUGCCAGUCGACGGCGUGCUCACCUACGAGGAGAUUGCUGCACAAACCAACAUUCCACAGAACGAGCUUAUCAGAAACCUGCAAUCGCUAGCAGUGGCACCCAAGACUCGCAUCCUUGUCAAGGAACCUAUGAGCAAGGAUGUCAAGCCUACCGAUCGCUUCUCGUUCAAUGAAAAGUUCUCAUCCAAGUUCAUCAAGGUCAAGGUUGGCGUCGUCACUGCAGGCAACAAGGUCGAGAACGACAAAGAGCGCAAGGACACUGAAAAGAAGAACAACGACUCUCGCGGCUUUGUCGUUGAAGCGGCCAUUGUCCGCAUCAUGAAGCAGCGCAAGGAGUUGUCUCACCAACAGCUGAUCAACGAGACCAUUACGCAACUCGUUCAGCAGUUCAAGCCCGACGUCACCAUGAUCAAGAAGAAGAUUGAGAGUCUGAUCGAGCGUGAGUACCUGGAGCGUAUCGAGGAUGCCAAGCUGCCUUCGUACCGCUACCUUGCGUAG